CACAUAUUCUCAGCGGCUGUAACCCAAGAUUUCUCAAUUGAGAAGUGCAGGUCUAACCCAGGCCAAAUGAUCAUCUAAAUCAUUCAAUAUAAUAUUAAGCGACCAAUCAGAAUACUUGAUAUAAAACAGUUUAAUCUUUGAUUUGGUUGUAUUUUAUUAGUAUUCAAGAAAAUUUCGCACUUCACUUCGGCGCAAUUUUUUACAAUUAUGCGAAAGGCGUGCGUAAAAACUGUUGUGUUGGGAAGAAAUGGAAAAUCGUCAAUAACUACACCGUUAACUGUUGAUGUAGAAACAACAGCUUCAAAUAAGCAUUCGACAAGCCUCCACGCAGAUUUGCAUAGUGACGAAUCGUGCGAUUUGCAAAUCGAUCAUAACGCUCAAACGCCUCAUGAAUUACCAGUCGUUGACGAUUUAGAAAAUGAAGAAUCGGCCACACAAAGAAGAAAUGUUAGUAAUUAUCUCAACUGGGAAAAAAUUCGGCCUCAAUUGCUGAAAGCAAAGUUCGAAGAUGCGAUUUUACCGAGUGGUGUCAUGUGUGGUGUUUGCUCUCAAAAUGAAGCCAAUAUUCGCUGUAAAUAUUGUGGUCCACGGCAGUUUUUUUGCGAGAACUGUGCUAUUGAACAACACGAAAGUCGAAAUAAGUUUCACGUGAUGGAUAAAUGGAUGGAAACUAAGUUCAUCCCACUGUUUCCAGACAAUUCUGUAAUUGAGUGGGCCCACAAUUGUGGGACACAAAUUGUCAAGUUGUUUACACUUAUUGAUGCAUUUGGUAAUCAACACUUGAAGCGAGUGGCUUUUUGCAGUUGUGAAAGCCAUGCUGUGACACUACUCCGGUUGCAUUUCUGGCCUGGCUCUCCAGAAAGGCCUACUAUUGGCUUUCAUUUUAGAAUUAUGGAUUUAGCUGAAAAGUUGUUUCUACAUAAUCAGGUUCCUUUGAAGGAUUUUUCUGAGAUAAUCAUGGAAUUACUUCCAUCACUGCAACCUGUUCAUGUUAAAUCCUUUUACCGCACUUUAAAUUCUGGAUCUUUUGAGGAAUACAGAUAUUUUAAAUACAAAUUAAAAUAUCUGGAUUCCUAUAUCCCAGGGCUAUAUAACGGUGUCAUUUGUCCUAUAUGCCCAACGGAAAGUGGAACCUUAAUUGAAUGUGUUGAUGCAUGUUUUGGUCUGCCAAGAAGGAAAGGGAAAGGUGAUAUAAGCAUUUCUUCACGCCACAAGACAUUGUUGUUCAGCGAUCAAGAUGAUGUUGAUAACUUUGUUGAUAAUUAUGAACACACAAAAGAGAAAUCACAAACACAGGACUGUCACAGAUUUCAUGCUGGUGAAGUAAUUUCAGCAAUUAGAAGUAAAGGCAAAAAUAAACUUUUUGAUGAAAAAGGAGUGUUUGGCAGGGUUUGUCGGCAUGACUUUCCAAAAAGCUUACUCAGCAUCAAACAUGGUGAAAGAAUUUCCUAUGCUGUAUAUGAGCUAGAAAAACUAAAGGCUGGCAUUUCUGCAGAAUCACUCAAUUAUGUUCUGAUGUACGACAUUGCCUGUGUUUUAUCAAACCACCUGCAGGGCUCCGGCCAGCAGUCUUUGCUGUCGAAUACAACUCUUGCAAUACCAAUAUUUCAUUGUUAUGGGCAUAAAGCCUCUUGCCAGGUCAAAUAUAGUCCACGAAGAAAGGCGAAUGUUGGUUUAACCGAUGGAGAAGGCGUUGAGCGUUUUUGGUCAUUUCUUAGACAGUUUUCCUCAAUAACCAAAGAAAUGUCUGUUGAUAAAAGAAGUGAUGUGCUAACUGACGCUACUAUCCAUUAUGGUGAACAUCUUGUUGCAAAAUUUGGUCCUUCUCUAAAGUCGAAGCUCGUUAGGGCGCAGUCUUUGCUGAUCACUGUUGACCAAGAAUUGAGCAAUUUAAUCGCGAAUUUGCCAGAUGAGUGUAAUGAGGCUAAAAUUCGGAGCUGGAUCAAGGAACAAUUUGAAGAAAUUGCACCAGUUAUGGAAGACCUUGAAUACCAGUGGGAUGAAUCUUAUGUGGAUUUACUUCUUUCAGCAAAAAAGUUGCGAAACGAAAUGAGUUUUUCAAGAGAGGAAGAGCCGGAAAGGAUUCCCAACAUUGAGAGAAGGAUAAGAAUGAAAAAGCGUUAUAUUCCCUGGAGAAACGUCAUGGUGUUCGAACAAGAUGGAAGAAAAAAGAAAAAGCAUAUCAAAAUGCGUAUACAAGACUUAUUGCCAAGAAACAGCAAAAGUUACUUCAUACCCUUCAUAGGAUGGCGUCGGAGAGAAUGUUUUUAUUAGAACUUAAAGCAAAAUAUGCUGGUAUAGAAAUAUUUCUUUUAUGCUCUUUUACUUAUCACAU